AGUUCAGAUGUACAAAUGUGGGGACUGGAAAAAAACAGCCCUUUGGUCAAUUUGCUGCGGUGCUCGAAGAAUCUUUACUGGCUUCAAAUCUGCGAAGAUGAGAACACAUUUUAUCUUAGUGGGUCUGCUCUAUCUCUGUGGGGUCUCCAUUAGUCAAGAGUGUCGUACGAAGCUUCGGGAGAACAUGAAUUACGUGGGAUCAUACAUAACAUCCCUCUACUCUCCUGACGUUGAGCAUUGUCAGCAGUUGUGCACCCAGCACCCCUCCUGCCUCUUCUUCACCUUUGACCAGAGUGGCAGAAAUAAGCACUUCUACUGCUACCUCAAGUCCUCUCCCUCUGGACAACCUGAUGUUCGGCGUCGACGGCAGGGUGUCACCUCUGGCUUUUCUCUCAAACCCUGCACCCCAGUCCCAGAGCCUUGCCUGUCUCAGGUGUACCAGAAUGUGGACUUCCCAGGUGCAGACUACGAGACCUUGUUCACAGCAGACUAUGAGGAGUGUCAGAGAGCCUGCACACAUGACCCUACCUGUCACUUCUUUACCUUUAACAAUGGAAACUUUACAUCAGGAGAAUAUAGAUAUAAGUGCCAACUUAAAUUCAGCUGGACAGUGCCAAGGAUUGCUCGGCUUGAGGCGAAGGCUGGUUUAGUGUCCGGAUUCUCCCACAAAAUACAAAUAAGUCAACAGUAUGACACAGCAUGUCCGACCACAUUAUUUCUGAAUACUGAUAUCCCAGGAAAUGAAAUGGACAAUCUGCCUGCUGCCUCUCCUGAACACUGUCACACCUUGUGCACUGCUCAUCCACAAUGUACCUGCUUCUCUUAUACCAGACUGGGUUAAGAAGCAUCAUGCAGGAGUAGAUUUCUGGGGUUCUGACUUUUGCGAUUUGCGGGCGGAUGAUGCAGAGGCGUGCCAGAGGUCUUGUACUGAGGAUCCCAACUGCCAGUUCUUCACCUAUGUCGAUGAGAGUUUCCCUUGGCCUCCACACAGACACAUAUGUUAUCUCAAGCGCGUCAUCGCCAUGCCUGCUCCUCCUAAAGUUACCAAGCUGGCCGAUGUUGUGUCUGGAUUCUCCCUGAAGAACUGUGUGAACAGCGUUCUACAGACACUCUCUGAGACAGAAACUGAACUCCCAUAAUCCAAUAAAAGAUUCAGCACUAUA